AUGGCUAAACUGAUACCUUACCCUGAGACGUUGCAAUAUCGAGAAGUGGUCAGUUAUGUCACUCGAUAUAUGCGCUAUACGACCGACGAUGGUCGGAAAGAAAUGCCUACUCUUCAAUUCAUCGGAACAAUCAAAUUGCACGGAUGUAAUGCAGCCGUAGGCUAUCAACGAGAUAUCGGUCACUGGUAUCAAUCGCGCAAUCGUAUUCUUACACUAAGUAAUGAUCAUUUCGGUUUUGCUGAACAUAUGAGGCCAAUCGGAGAAACGUUUCUUACUGAACAUAUACUAUCUCAUCAUCCAGUCAUUCGAAAGCAUUAUGAACAAGGAAAUACCGUUAUUGUCUAUGGUGAAUGGUGUGGGAAUAAUAUUCAAGGAGAAGCUAAUAUAGCUAUUCGACAAUUACGGAAAAUGUUCGUUAUCUUCAAAGUAAAGAUCAUUGAUCACUCCAGUAUAUCAAAUAGAUCAUCAAUGAAUAGUGAAGAUAAGUACAAGCAUAGACGGCAUGGCUUCUGGCUUCCUCCACACGAUUGGAAUAGUAUUAAAUGGCACGAGCAAUCAGUUUACAAUAUUUUUGAUUUUCCUACGUAUUCAAUCAAUAUUGAUUUCAAUGCUCCUGAACUAUCACAAGAAAAGUUAAUCGAAAUCACUAAUGAAAUUGAGAAACAGUGUCCUGUUGGAAAUUAUUUUAACCAGAAGGGAUGUGGCGAAGGGAUUGUAUGGAUCGAAUGGGAUCAGACGCAUGGCGACUUAAUAUUCAAAGUGAAAGGCCGAGAAUAUUCUGUGAUCAAUAGUCCAUCAUUAGUAUCGAUUUCUCCUCCUAAAUUCCGUAGUAUAGAAGAAUUCAUUGAAUACGCUUGUACUAAAAAUCGAAUGCAGCAAGCGUUUAAAGCUGUUCUUGAAGAACUUCAAUUCACGAUCGACACGAAAGAUUUCAGUACCUUUCUACGGUGGCUGGUUGAAGACAUUAUCAAAGAAGAAAAAGAUACCAUGAACGUAGCACAUAUCGAUGCAAAAGAUAUUCCUCGUGGAAUAACGAGCAAGGCAGAAGCAUGGUUUAAACAACAACUGAAAGAAUAUCGUAAAAGAUCCCGAAAUAAAUAA